UUCACAAUUUACGAAUUAUAAUUUAGUUUGAUAGUACCAAACGGCUUAUAAAGUGUUCUUUAUCAUUAGAAAGUGAAGGUACGUUACAGAAAUUUGUUUUUACUUUCCAUUGAGCAGUGUUAUGUUUUGAAUUGACUUGAAAAUAAUUUAUCUACUGCUUUUUUUUUCUCAAUUUCAACCUGUUGGGUGCGAACCAACUGCACACAUAUACUUGAACAUAUAGAAUGUAAAAUGCCCGAGUCAUGUGCUAAAUGUAAAUUGAAGAAAAGGGAAGAGAAUCUUGUCGGAUGUGAGGGUCCAUGCGGUAAUUGGUACCAUCCAGAAUGUGUUUUAUUAAAUGAUGCUGAAUUCAAAUUACUACACAAGUCCCGUAAUCUUUAUUUCAUUUGUAACACUUGCAAGAAUAAAAUUAAAAUUGUCGAUAAAACUAAUAAUGACCAAUUCAAAACAAAAGUUGAUGAUAUUGAGUCUAAUAUCAAUAAGAUGAUAGCCGAAGUUGUCACGUCUACAAUUUUCGAAAGUUUUCGCCAGGAGAUAUUUCAGAAGUUAGAAUCUUCAUUUGUGAGUGUUGAAGCCAGCAUUAAAGAUUUAAUCUCUCAAAAAUUGACUACACCAAGCGAGCCAAGUUAUUCCGAUGUUGCUAAUAGGUCAAAAUUCAUUCUUCAACCUAAAAAUACUACUCAACCCAUAGCUGCUACCAAAGCCGAAAUCCUACGAAGUAUUGACCCAAUUAAGACUAACAUUAAUGUUUCAAAUGUAUCUACUACACGUCAAGGUGCCUUGGUUAUAAGUUGUGAUAACAAAGACGAUUCAUCCAGAUUCCAGCAGAUUAUCAACACCAAUUUGGGCGACAAAUACGAGAUGAAGUCUAUUUCUUCUUUACAUCCGCGCAUUAAAGUCACGAACAUGUCCGAAAAAUUUGAUGAUCCUAUUCUACUGGACUAUCUUAAAUCCCAAAACAGAAGCUGCUUUAACGAAAACUCUACCAUUGAAAUUAUAUAUACAAAACCGCAUAAAAGAAACAGUAAAUUUUUCCAAGCUGUCGUACAAGUUGACACGGCCACCUAUCAUAAGGCUAUGAAACUCGGUAAGCUCACUGUUGGUUUCGAUUUUGAUUGUCCUGUUUAUUGUGCUGUUGAACCACGCAGGUGUUAUAAGUGUUGGGGUUUACAUCAUUUAGCAAGCCAAUGUACCAAAGCUGAACCAACCUGUCCUAAAUGUUCUCUUAAUCACGAGCUCAAAGACUGUAAAUCUAAUACCAAUAAAUGCAUUAAUUGUACUUAUCUAGUAGCAAAUCAUAAUAUAAAUACCUCUGUCAAUCAUGUAGCAUGGGAUAAAGAUUGCCAUUACUAUAAACGAGCUCUGACAAUGUUUAAAAAUAAAAUUGUACCGUUACCGUCACAGUAG